AUGAAAGCACAAUUAAUAGAUACACAAACGAGUUCAGGUGGGGUUAUGAAAGCAUCCAGAAGGAUUAUAACAACUGUUUUCGUACUCGAUAACGUUACGUAUCGUCAUGAACGGAGGGCGGGCGGAAAGCGCGGGGCGCGGAUAAGAGCGCGGCGCCGAUCCCGGCGGCGACUCCGCAGAACAAAGCGCGGCCCAGCACUGGGGCAAGGGGCGCUCGACGUUGACGAGAGAGAGGUAGCCGCGACGCCCGAUACUUUACCUAGCAGCGAUGGAGCGGUGUGCGUCGCGGCCGAGAGGGAGGUGCGCGUAGAGUCGGGCGCGGUCGGUCGCUCGGUCAGCGGUCGCGUCGCGGCGCGGCCAUGGCGGUGGCGGCGACGCAGCUUCGGCGACGACUCGCACACUGCCGCUGCGGGGCCGCGCCCGCUUCGCCGGAGCCCGGGCCCGCGCACGCGCCCUACUGCGAUAGCUGUCCCCGCCCUCUCUCCAAAUUGA